UUGAUAAGUAUACUAGCUUUACAUUGAAUUAGAUUAUAUUACAAGACAUUCGUUCUUCUCUAACAUCCAACACUAUCGAAUGCUAACUUGGUGUUGCUCUGGAAGGAGGAAUAAAGUAAAAAAUCCAGACGAGCGUAGUAGACUCCUUGACGGUGACCGUGAUGAUGACGCUAGGAAUCUGCGUAGUACAACUACCAGUCCUCCAACUUCAAGCUAUAACUCACCAAGUAUGAAUAAUACGCCAUCGACAGGUUCACCAAACCCGGAGUUAUCAUAUGCCUAUUCAUAUCCUAAUCAGGAAGAUGCAGCUUCACUCAAUAAUAUAGUAAGCAAGGCAUCAGAGAAAAUGGUAAAUAUAACGAAUUCUACAUCAUCACUUAAAGCAGCAACGAGCAUGCAUAGUCUACGCGAUCUUAAUAGUCUCUCAACCUGGCUAGAAAGCGAUCCGAUAAAGCUAGAUAAAGCGACAGAAUUUGAGCAGGAACUCAUUAAACAAACGGCAAAUGAUCUAUCAAAACGUCGUCGAGGAGAAGCAGCGUCAGCGUAGGUGGAUUGUCUAUUCAACAACGAUCCAUGCAUGAAGAAUUUGAAAAUACACCACGUCAAACUGUAUCAUCAACACCAAAAAAUAACUAAUUUGUCAAUAAGUUAUACCCUUGAUUGUACUUUUCAGCAGUUUUAACUAUAAUAUCAUCAGGAAUGACUGGUCCAACUGGGUUGUUUUUGUCAAAUCCGACUGAUUUCAACCAGUCACGGACAAAUUGCUUGUCAAAGCUGUCCACGCUCUUUCCAACUGUGUAGCCAUCGACUGGCCAGAAUCUCGAGCUGUCUGGAGUGAGAAUUUCAUCAACGACGACGAGGUUUUUGUCGCUAUCGAUACCAAAUUCAAGUUUGGUAUCAGCGAUAAUAAUACCCUUAGUUGCAGCGUAUUCUGAGGCCAAUUUGUAGAUUUUUAUGGCAGCUUCUUGGAUCUGACUAGCUAAUGGUUCUGGCACUCUCUUUUUGUAUUCUUCCACUGAGAUAUUCUCGUCAUGUUCGCCCAUAUCUGCCUUCGUGGAUGGUGUGAAGAGCGGUUCGUCGAAUUUCUCACUCUCACUCAUACCCUCUCUGAUAGCCUGGCCAUUUACAGUACCAGAUUUCUUAUAUUCGCUCCAGGCAGAUCCUGUGAUGUAACCUCUAACGAUGGCUUCUAUCUUAACGAUUUCGCACUUCUUAACUUGUAAAGUACGAUCUCUGAGGCUAUCUAUUGACUGAGCAGGGAGUUGCAUCUUUUCUACAUCACUCUCUAUCAAAUGGUGGUUAACUUGUGUGCCGUCUGAGAGUGUGAUAGGGAAUAGCUUAUCAAACCAGAACUUAGAAAUCUGAGUGAGUAGUUUACCCUUU